AUGGCCUCUCGUGUUGCUCGCUCCGUCAUGGGCGCCGCCCGCGCCCGUCCCACCGCCGCCGUCUCCUCCCUGCACAAGGCCGCCGUGCCCGCCGUCCAGGCCCGCCUGCAGAGCAACCAGCCCUCGCCCGAGCAGAAGGCCAAGAGCAUUCUCGACUCUCUGCCCGGCAGCAACCUGUUGAGCAAGACCGCCAUCCUCUCCGCCGGUGCCGGUGUCUCAAUCGCCGCCAUAAGCAACGAGCUUUACGUCGUCAACGAGGAGUCCAUCGUCAUGCUGUGUCUGCUUUCCGUCUACACCGGUAUCGCCGUCUACGGAGGUCCCGCCUACAAGGAGUGGGCCGAGAACCAGACCAACAAGAUCAAGAACAUCCUCAACGCUGCCCGCAAGGACCACACCGACGCCGUCCAGAAGCGCAUUGCCAGCGUCCAGGACCUCGGUGGUGUCGUUGACAUUACCAAAUCGCUCUUCGCCGUUUCCAAGCUCGAGGCCCAGGCUUACGAGCUCGAGCAGAAGGUCAACCUCGCCCACGAGGCCAAGUCCGUCCUCGACUCUUGGGUCCGCUACGAGGGUGCCGUCAAGGCCCGCCAGCAGAAGGAGCUCGCCGACUCCAUCAUCGCCAAGAUUGACAAGGAGCUCGAGAACCCCAAGACCCUCAAGCAGAUCCUCGACCAGGCUGUCGCUGACGUCGACCGCAUCGUCUCCAAGGCUUAA